CAGCUUCCCUCAAGACCUUGGCGGAUCGCGCCUGCGCGGUGGGGAGCAGCUCGCGGCUCCGGCUCUGCCUUGGGCCGGCUGCAGUCUGAGUCUGAGGGUGGCUGAAGUGGUUGGGUCGUUUAAGAUGAGGCUUCUGCUACUUCUCCUGGUGGCGGCGUCGGCGGUGGUCCGGAGCGAUGCCUCGGCCAACCUGGGUGGCGUGCCUGGCAAGAGGUUAAAGAUGCAGUACGCCACGGGGCCGCUGCUCAAGUUCCAGAUUUGUGUUUCCUGAGGUUAUAGGCGGGUGUUUGAGGAGUACAUGCGGGUUAUUAGCCAGCGGUACCCAGACAUCCGCAUUGAAGGAGAGAAUUACCUCCCUCAACCAAUAUAUAGACACAUAGCAUCUUUCCUGUCAGUCUUCAAGCUAGUGUUAAUAGGCUUAAUAAUUGUUGGCAAGGAUCCUUUUGCUUUCUUUGGCAUGCAAGCGCCUAGCAUCUGGCAGUGGGGCCAAGAAAACAAGGUCUAUGCAUGUAUGAUGGUCUUUUUCUUGAGCAACAUGAUUGAGAACCAGUGUAUGUCAACAGGUGCAUUUGAGAUAACUUUGAAUGAUGUACCUGUGUGGUCUAAGCUGGAAUCUGGUCACCUUCCAUCCAUGCAACAGCUUGUUCAAAUUCUUGACAAUGAAAUGAAGCUCAAUGUGCAUAUGGAUUCAAUCCCACACCAUCGAUCAUAGCCCCACCUAUCAGCACUGAAAACUCUUUUACAUUAAGGGAUUUUUGCAAGAGCAGCGUGACUGACAUUAUGAAGGCCUGUACUGAAGACAGCAAGCUGUUAGUACAGACCAGAUGUUUUCUUGGCAGGCUCGUUGUACCUCUUGGAAAACCUCAAUGCAAGGCAGUUUUUCAGUGCUGGCACAUUUUGGAAUUCUGCACAUUCGUGGAGUGCAAUAAUACUGUAUAGUUUUUUUUUUCUUCCCCAAGUCCACUUGGUUAAUAGUUUAAAAAAAAAAAUGCAGACAUUACUACUUGCACUUCUUUUUUCUCGGUCAUAUUUGAAAAAGUAGAAAAUUGAGUUGCAAUUUGAUUUUGUUUUUCAAAGAUGUCUGUUAAGUCUGUUGUGAUUUUAUACGAAUUUUCCUUUUUUAUAGUUUAAAAUUGAUCCUUUUGGGACUAGAGCUGAAGUUCCCAAAUACUUUAUAAGAGUUUAUCAGACAUCUCUAAUUUGGUCAUGUCCAAUUUGUAUAGUUUUCAAAAUAUUGCAGAUUGUGAACAGCACAUUAUAUAAGAUUAUGGGGGGAAAUCCUAUAUCCAGAGUACUCUACCAAUUUGUGUAUGUGUGUGUGUGCGUGUGUGAUUACCAGAGAACUACUAAAAGACCAACCACUUUUUAAAUCCUGUUAAUGUAGUUCAAGUGUCCUGCCUUGACCAAUUUAAUGAGUUGAUUAACUGGGCCUUUAUACUUAACUCAAUAAAAAACUAAGCAGAUGUAAGUUAAAUAAAAAGUUUGAGUUUAUUGCCCAGCGUACCUAUUGACAUUAUAUUUAACAGUUGUCUGCAAAGUUUUGUUUUUGACUCACAGAGAAUUUCCUACAGGACAUACUUUAUAUUCACACACAAAUAAUAGGUCAUUUACCAUUUUUAGGAUGAUCGAAACUUGCCUCACUAAAGAAAGGUUAGUUGAACCUCUUUACAACAUUAAUAUUAGGUAAAUGGAGAUCACUUGUCUAAUAAUUUAACUUGUCUAACAUCAUAUCAGAAUUUUAUUAUAUUUGAGGAACAAAAUUGAAAAGUUUUUUAUUCAGUGAAUUUAAUAUCUUUCCAGAGUUCUAAAAUGUAGUUUUUUUUAAAAAGCUUAAAUUGAUAAAGACUAUAAGAGUAAUUUAGCAGAAAUAGGACCAUAAUGUAGAGAAAUAGUCAUAUAGCAACAGUCAUAACAUACUUCAUCUUCCCUGUAGGAAUAAAAAUGGUAGGUCUGGAUUUGUUAGUGGAAGUAAAGGGAUUUAUGGAAAAGUAAUGAGAUAAUUCAAUAUUGAGUCCACCAAACACUUAGCGCAAUCUUAUACUUCAUUUGUCAGUGAAUAUUUGUUGAAAUGCAUGUCCGGUAAUUAUCAUGAUUGUGACAGCCUCAAGGUGGAGCAUACUGUAGUCUCUAGCUGAAAAGAAGUUAGCCUAAUAAUUCACUGCAGAAAAUUGAUUAAACGCCUUAUCCUUUUAAUUAAGGCUGCAGAACUGUAAACCUAAGAUCGUACCCUGGCAAGAGUCAAUACAAUUUAAGCUAGAGGUUACUUAGAGAUUGUUAUUCAGGUGUAAUAACAUUUUAUCUUUGACUAGGGCUUAAAACUUUGUUAACUUGAUUUGUACCAGCCCAAACUUCCUUCUGCAAGUUGAACACACUGCUGAGUGUGUGUAGGGUCUUUCUUCAGUGACAGACAUUCCACCAGUGACAGUUACACCUUUUGACAUUUAGACCUUCCAGACUUGUCUUGGAUAUUCCCAUGUAUCUGACAGGCCAACCAUGAAGAAUUUAAGAUUUAAUUCUAACUUUUUCCAUGUUUGCCUUGGGUGAAUAACUUGUCCUUUGGAGAAUAGCUUUAAGUGGCUUGGUCAUUGAUAAAACUAAGUAUUUUGUUGACACCCAUUUCAAUAUUAUUUUAUGUUUGGCCAUAUUUAAAUCUAAGCUUUAAUAGAGUCUAGUGAAAAAAUUAGUGGGAAGUGUGAAUGUAAAAAAGAAAAACAUGAAAAAAGGGAAAGUUAGAAAGCUAUUUAGAAUGUGGCUUUAUUAUAUUCCUAACAUUUCAAAAUUUAUUACAUAGUUGCUUACAAAUUGGUGUGGUUGUGUAGUUUAUAAAUGUUUAUGUACUCUGUUAAUUAGAAGACCAUAGAACAUGACAGCAGGUUGGCUAAUGUUAUUGGGGUUUUUAACCAUAGUUGCUAUUGUGGAGAAGAUUACAUGUUAGAUUAAUAAAAAAAUGUUGGCAAAA